AUGUCCGUUCGACGAGCAUUAGUUGUUGAGCGUCGCAAUAAAUCAGAAACGAAAAUGCCGGCCCGGUCACACGAAACCCCGGAGCACCUUUAUGGUGCCCAGCAACAACAACAACAAAUGAUCCACGAACAUCAGCACAAUCAUCACCACAUGAUGGCCAAUUUUGGCAGCAACGGACUCAGCUCCAGUCCUCAACAACAGUUUUAUUACCAUCACGUGUCUUCGCCUGGGAUCCCGUUGCCAGUGCCUGAAAGCCCCGACGCAGUCGUCAUAUCCGGUAUCUCUGGCAGAUUUCCGGAAGCCGGAAACAUGGAAGAAUUCGAAGCGAACCUCUUUGCUGGAGUAGAUAUGGUUACUGAGUCUGAUCGCCGUUUCAAGCCAGGGUUGAUGGGAUUGCCGAGGCGACUGGGAACUUUGAAAGAUAUCAAAUCAUUUGAUGCUUCUUUCUUCGGGGUUCAUGGCAAACAAGCUGACGUUAUGGAUCCUCAACUGAGAAUGCUGAUGGAAAUUUCGUACGAAGCCAUUCUUGACUCCGGAGUGAAUCCCGAGGCGAUGCGAGGCAGCAGAACCGGAGUUUUCAUCGGGGCUUCCGUUUCCGAAGCAGAAAAUGCUUAUAAUGCGACUUCGGAUCCUGAGGAAAUUUCCGGCUACACCUUGCCUGGGUGUUGCCGUGCCAUGUUCUCCAACCGGAUUUCCUUUGCAUUCGACUUUACUGGGCCAAGCUUUACGAUCGACACGGCAUGCUCGUCGAGUCUGCUCGCGUUUCAAAGAGGAUUCGACGCUAUCCGAAGCGGGGAAUGCGACUCAGCCCUCAUUGGUGGCGUGAACUUGUGUCUCAAGCCUCAAAUGUCUCUCAACUUCCACAAAAUGAACAUGCUGAGUCCAGACGGAGCGUGCAAGGCAUUUGACAAAUCAGGAAACGGAUAUGUUCGAAGCGAGGCGGCGGUAGUGGUUUUGCUGCAGCGUCGCCGCGACGCCAGGCGGAUUUACUCGUCCGUGCUUCACGCUAAAACGAACUGCGACGGAUUCAAGACUCAAGGAGUGACUUACCCUUCUGGCGAAAUGCAGAAGAAGUUGCUAUUGGAAACGUAUGCUGACGCAGACGUUGAUCCGUCCAAGGUCGUGUACGUUGAAGCUCAUGGAACUGGAACCAAGGUCGGAGACCCACAGGAAAUGAAUGCGAUCGCAGACGUGUUCUGCAAAGCCAGGAAUGAUUCGUUGUUGGUAGGAAGUGUCAAGUCGAACAUGGGUCAUUCCGAACCUGCCUCAGGCCUGUGUUCUCUUGCAAAAUUGAUCAUCGCCAUGGAGAGAGGUUCGAUCCCGCCGAAUUUGCACUUCAAGGCCCCGAACCCGGACAUCCCAGCGCUUAGCGACGGACGCAUGAAGGUUGUGGAUGAAACACAGCCGUUCCCAGCUGGUGGAAUAGCGGGACUAAAUUGCUUCGGGUUUGGCGGUGCGAACGUCCAUGUUGUGCUGCAGUCCUUGUGGCCCUCACAAAGAACUCCAAAAAUUCCAGCCGAAAUUCCUCGCCUGGUCACGUUUUCAGGCCGAACGGAAAUCGCAGUGGAAGACACUUUAAAGAAAUUGGAAGAUUCGUCGCUGGAACUGUCACAGUUGGGAUUGUUGCACGAAAUUUUCUCCACCCCUAUCAGUGGACAUCCCUAUCGCGGAUUCAGCAUUCUGGGUUCAUCAGACUCUGCCAGAACCGUGGAACCCGUUCCUGCAGGUCCUCGACCUGUUUGGUUCUGCUACGCUGGUAUGGGCACGCAAUGGGUCGGCAUGGGCAGGAAUCUUUUCGGACUCCCGGGUUUCGACCGUGCGAUCCGCAAAUGCAGCAACGCUUUGGUCCCGUACGGUUUUGAUCUCUACAAUUUGAUUCUCAACGGAGACGAAAACGAGUGCAACAACACUCUCAAUGCCUUUGUCUCAAUUGCUGCUAUUCAAGUGGCAAUCACGGAAACACUCAACAUUAUGGGAAUUCAUCCCGACGGAAUUGUCGGUCAUUCUGUGGGUGAACUCUGCUGUGCGUAUGCUGACGGGACCCUGACUGCGGAACAGACAGUCGCUGCUGCUUAUUGGCGAGGAAGAUGUAUUGUGGAAGCAAAUUUGCCUGCUGGUGCCAUGGCAGCUGUCGGCCUGAGCUGGGCACAAGCCAAGGAACGAUGUCCGCCCACAGUGUACCCAGCGUGUCACAACUCUGCCGACAACGUGACAGUGUCCGGACCAGUAGAUGACAUCCGAUCAUUCGUCGGACAGUUGAAAUCCGAAGGCAUCUUCGCCAAGGAAGUCAACAGCGGCGGAAUGGCGUUCCACAGCCAGUACAUCGCGGCUGCUGGCCCUCAAUUAAAACGAGCCCUCCAGCAAGUGAUUCCGAUCCCGAAACGUCGUUCAAGCAAGUGGAUAAGUUCCUCGAUCCCUGAGGAAGACUGGAAUUCUCCUUUGGCUGUGUCAUCUUCAGCCGCGUAUCACGUGAACAACCUCUUGUCCCCGGUUCUGUUUCAAGAGGCGUUGAAACAUGUUCCGGAAAACGCUAUCGUCAUUGAAAUCGCUCCGCAUUCCUUGCUGCAAGCCAUCUUGAAACGGUCACUCAAGGCAUGUCAUGUAUUGCCAACUCAAAAGCGAGACCACGAGGACAACCUACACUUCUUUCUGGGCAACAUUGGCAAGGUUUUCCUCGCCGGUGGCCCGAGUCCCAAGUUACAAAAUCUCUACGAAGGUGACUGCAGCGAGUACCCUGUGCCGAUUGGGACCCCGGGGAUAUCUUCUCUCAUCAGCUGGGACCAUUCCGUCGAGUGGAAAAUCCCGAAGCUGGACGAGUUUGGAUUCUCGGAAUCUGGCGGCUCGGGUUCUGAUUUCAAGGCGACCAUCAGCUUGAGCCCUGGAACGGAGUAUGCUAAUAUCGCAGGUCAUCAGAUUGACGGCAGAGUCCUGUUCCCUGCUACGGGUUACCUGAUGCUUGCCUGGAAAGCCCUGGCCAGGUCCAAGGGGAUGCCGUUUAAUGAGUUGCCGGUUCAGUUUCAGGACGUACACUUGCAUCGUGCGACUAUUCUGAAUCCUGAAGGUUCAGUCACGACACUGGGAGUCAAUCUGCUUAGUUCUACUGGUCGAUGGGAAAUUUGCGACGGAGAUACGACAGUCGCUUCUGGAUUCAUCGCGGUGCCUGAAGACAAAAAUUUGCAGUAUUCUCUUGCUGCGAGGAAACCUGAGCGAGAUUCGCAGGUUGCCCUGGAGACGAAAGAAAUUUACAGGGAGUUGCUGCUUCGAGGUUAUGAAUACAAGGGAGAUUUCAAAGGAAUCGAGGAAUCCGCUGUAGAUGGGAAAUGGGGCAAAUUGGGUUGGAGAAACAACAAUUGGGUGGCAUUCAUGGACACUAUGUUGCAGCUUUCUUUGUUGGGAGAAAAUUCCAGGUCUUUAAAGUUGCCCACCAGGAUCCGACAUGUGAAAAUAGUGCCGGAUGUACACCUAGCUGCCAUUGAGGAAGCCGGAGGAAAAGAAUUGUUAGCUUUCCAUGACACUUGCAUUCAAGUCUGUGCAUCAGGAGGAAUCGAGUUUCAGGGAAUCAAGUGCAACGUGGCAGCCAGGCGCCCACCUGCACAUGGGCCUCCAACUCUGGAAUCCAGCUCUUUCUUCAGUUUCACUUCCUCAGAACUGAUUUCAACGGGAAAGGCGGAAAGAGCUAUGGUUGAAGUGGUUCUUCAGAACAGCAAAAAAUCGAAGCUGACUUUUGCCCAAGCGUUCUUGGAAGGUGCUAAUGUUGGGAGUGUAGAUAACUUCAUGGCACUGCGGGCAAAGAGAGUUGCUGACCGACUGCCAUUGAUGGUGGAAUGCGUGGCUAUCACUGAUCAGCAAGGAUUUGAGAAUCCUGAAGUUUCUGUAGUGUCGGUGGCAAAGCUGCCCGCUGAUAAAUAUGAUCUCGUCAUUCUUGAAGAUGUUGGUCCUCAACAGCUGCCAGAAAAGAUCUGGAAUAGUGUCUCACCUGAAGGAUUCAUCCUCAUCCAAGAUUCUGGUUCAGACUUGGUGGCUUCGAAUGCGAUGCCCAUUCAAACAACCCACCUGAACGUCACAGAUCACGUCAGCUUUACCUGGGUGGAGGAACUGAAGGCAUCCGCGAAACUGCUGCUGGAAGACAAGAACGUGCGCCUGUGGUUGUCAGCAGAGAAUGACGUCAGCAACGGUAUCGUCGGCCUCACAACCUGUAUCAGAAAAGAACCCGGUCUAGAAAACACCCGUUGUCUCUUCAACACAACUGCAGAAGCCUUGCCUCAGAACCUUGAACGAGAAAUAUUAUCCAAAGACCUUGCUUUCAACGUUGUCGCGAAAUCAGACCGUGGCGAAUGGAUCCACGGAACCUAUGUCCAUUUCGACAUCACAGACUCUCAAGCCACGGUUCCGGUGGCACACGCAUUCCUCAACGCAGCCGUGCGUGGAGAUUUGUCAUCUUUAACGUGGGUUGAAUCUCCUGUCGGCUCUGUGACUCCGAAACCUACGGAGUUGUUGUGCGAUGUGUACUAUGCCCCGUUGAACUUCCGCGACAUUAUGCUGGCGACGGGGAAGCUGCCUCCAGAUGCCCUUCCUGGCAACCUAGCGACUCAAGAAUGCGUCUUGGGGCUUGAAUUUGCAGGAAAGGACCCUGUUGAAAACCGCAGCGUCAUGGGUCUAGUGCCUGCUCAGGGCUUAGCUACUAAGGUCCUUGCUGACCCUACUUUCAUGUGGACUGUUCCGGAUUCCUGGACCUUGAGAGAUGCUUCUUCGGUCCCCGUGGUGUACGCCACUGCGUAUUACGCGUUGAUUGUUCGUGGUGGUUUGAAAUCUGGGAAAUCAGUCUUGAUUCAUGCUGGCAGUGGUGGCGUGGGUCAAGCUGCGAUUCAAAUCGCUUUAUCCAUGUCCUGCAAGGUUUACACGACUGUUGGAUCCUCGACAAAGCGCCAGUUCCUCAAAGAACGAUUCCCGGCAUUGAAAGACGAGAACAUUGGGAAUUCGAGAGACGCGGUGGACUUGGAGACGUGGAUCAUGAGGGAGACGAAUGGACGUGGUGUGGACAUGGCAUUGAAUUCCCUGGCUGGGGAUAAACUCAUGGCCACAGUGCGAUGCAUCGCUGAACACGGCACUUUCUUGGAGAUCGGAAAAUUCGACCUUUCGGAAAACACGCCUCUUGGCAUGGCGUUCUUCCUCAAGAACAUCACAUUCCAUGGCAUCCUGCUGGAUGCCUUGUUUGACGUUGACGAGGAAAAGAGAGCUGUGGUCCAAUUGGUGCAAAAAGGACUGGAUUCCGGGGUUGUGAAGCCUCUGCCGGUGUCGGUGUUUGAACAGAAUCAGACUGAGGCUGCGUUUCGAUUCAUGUCGUGCGGGAAACACAUGGGGAAAGUUGUGCUCGAGGUGAGACCCGAAGACCAGGUAUCCAGCAUGCCUGUUUUGGCUCUCCCUAGGAUGUACUGCAACUCGAGAUCGGUUUAUCUGAUCAGUGGAGGCCUUGGUGGGUUUGGACUUGAACUAGCACUUUGGCUGGUGAACAAAGGAGCGAGAAACAUCGUGUUGACUUCGCGAAGCGGCGUGAGAACCGGCUUCCAGCGACGCGCCGUCUCAACGCUAGAGUCGCUGGGAGCGAAGAUUUUCAUAUCUACGACAGAUGUCACUACACUCGCUGGAGCAGAGGAACUCGUUUCGUAUUGCCAGAAUAUCGGCCCAUUGGUGGGCAUUUUCCACCUGGCCGUUGUCAUCAGGGAUGGAAUCUUGGAUAAUCAGACGGAUGAUGAAUUUAGGCAAGUUUACAAACCAAAGGCAGAAGGUUUCAUCAACCUGGAUAAAGUUACAAGGAGUCUGAAUGUUUCGUCCUUGGAGCACUUCGUGGCGUUUUCUUCCGUUUCCUGUGGAAGAGGAAAUGCUGGUCAGACCAAUUACGGUCUGGCGAAUUCUGUGCUCGAAAGAAUUUGCGAGCAACGGAAAGCUGAUGGUUUCCCAGGUUUGGCGAUUCAAUGGGGAGCGAUUGGUGAUGUUGGUGUGGUUUUGGAUCUACUUGGUGACAAUGAGACGAUCGUUGGAGGAACUGUUCCUCAAAGGAUUCCGUCAUGUUUGCAAGCUUUAGAAAGUCUGCUGUCCAGAAAAGCGGAAAGCGCAGCUGUGGCAGCGUCUACGGUGUGGGCAAAGAAGGAAAGAUCUACCGGAUCCGGCUCUCGAGACAAGGUCGACAUUUGUCAACAGAUUGCCAAGAUCAUUGGCCUGUCAAACCCGAGCAGCAUCAAGCAAAACGUGACCCUGGGUGACCUCGGAAUGGACUCACUCAUGAGUGUCGAAGUUCGUCAAGCGCUUGAACGCGAAUGCGAUUUGAACUUGAGCGUGGCCGAGGUUCGGCACUUGACCUUCGCCCAGUUGACGGAGCUGCAGAGCGGCGGUCAGAAUGAGACAGACCCUGCUGCUGCAGAUGUCAAAAAUAGCUGCAGCAAAGAAGAUACUGUCCACGCUCUCACUAUGAUCAAGCCCUUGGUUGUGAAGGAGCUUCUGUCAUGUGACACUGUGGUGGAAUUCGCCCCAGACAACGACGCUGACAAAUUGCAUUCCCCGGUUUUUCUUCUACCCCCGAUCGAGGGCUCUGCCAAGUCCCUGGAGAAGCUGGCAAAGACAUUCAAAUGCCCCGUUUACGCUUUCCAGGCCUCGCUGAAACUGAGCUCUACUUCUUUGCAGAAAAUCGCCGAACAGUACAUUGCUGUCAUUAAAACGAUUCAGCCCACUGGCCCUUACAAACUCGUGGGUUAUUCUUACGGGGCAGCUGUUGCCUUCGAAAUUGCUUUGCAACUCGGGGCAUCUCAGAUUCCCCGGGUCAUCCUGAUUGACGGAUCUCACGCGUAUUUGUCUGUAUUGACGAAACGAUACAUCAAUCGCCUGGAUAACAAUGAAGAAUGGCAGGCGUCCCAAAUUUGCGCCUUCUUGUCUCAAUUUGCCAGAUUUGAUAUCGAGAAGAUGAGGUCGGCUAUGUUGGCGGAAAAGUCGUGGGAAGCUAUGCUGACGCUGCUCCGCAAAACUGUGGGUGAUGUUGGUGUGGAAACGAGUAUGGAAGACCUGGAGAAGGUUGUUGGCAAUUUUGGGGACAGAUUAUUGGCUGGACUCAAUUAUCAACCAGCGAAGAAAUAUUCUGGCAAAGUAACCCUCCUGAAGGCCGCACAAAACGAAGCCAAAUCACAAUUAUCCGAAGAUUACAAUCUUUCAGAGGUUUGUGAGGAACCCGUGUCUUUGCAUGAAUUGGCAGGGGAUCAUUUCACAUGCGUAUCUUCCCUGAUCGAAAAGAAUGCGACCAUCAUUCACGACACCAUCAUCAACUCGAAUAAGUGUGUCAAUGGAAUGAGUAAAUCGCAAGUGAAUAUCUUUUAAUGUGAGUUAUUGAGUUGAAGCCUUUGAUUUUAUGUUUUCUUUCGGAAUGAAACCCUCUCGUGUGCUACCAAAACAAAAAAAUUUGUGAAUCUUAUUGAGCGAGAAUUUCGUGUCAAAACUGCUUUUAUCUUCCUUGUGGUUUUAUUCUCCUCUCGAAAGUUUGCCAACAUUUUUGCACGGCUUCUCUUUUAAGUGGUGAAUUGGAAACGUGAGUUUGUUCUCACGGGAAUUUUUGUUGAUGAACUUCGGUUCUGUAUAUCGCCGCUGUUUUCGCUUCAUCACUAUAAACAUGUUUGCUUUUGUAUGUCCAUAAAUAAGUUAUCAGAGAGCGCCGCGAGCUUGAAAUUUCCUAAAACUCCGCCGUUCCGAUGAAACGAGUUUUGUGAUUGCCUUGAUAUGUUGAAUCUGAUUGGUCUUGUUUGCUGCUAGUACGAAAUUUUUGGGGAAAUAAAAUCGCACGUUAUUUUUUA